ACAUCGAGGAUGGCGCGACGAGCCGCAACGGGCAGCCGUGCUGGCAUCUGCUGGCGGACGUUGGUUCGCUGGCGUACAACGACGCCAGCAUGCUGCGCAGCUUCAUCAUGCAGCUAUUGCUAAUCAACUUGCCCUCACAACUCUACAGCGACGUCGUUCAACUCUUCAACGAGGCUUUUUUUACAUGCAACGUUGGACAAUAUCUGGAUGCUAUAACCUCGAAACAUCGCAAUUAUGAUAACUUCACUAUGGAAUAUUUUAAUAAUAUUGCCUUGUACAAAUACGCUAUCUGCUGUAUAAAUUUUCCCAUACUAUCAGCGCUUGUUCUCUCCAACAAAUACAACGAGGAUACACGCAAACUUGUGGGAAAUAUACUAACCGAUGUCGGAACCUGGAGUCAAAUAAAUAAUGAUUUCAUAGAUUAUUACGACGACGACAAACGAACUGGUAAGACGGGAUCCGACAUCCAAGCUGGUAAAUGCACGUGGCUGGCGGUGACCGCCCUACAGCGCUGCUCGCCAGCCCAGAGAGAGGAAUUCAUAGCUAAUUACGGCAGCUGGGAGCCGGAGCACGUGACACGCAUCCGUGACUUGUACCAACAACUUGGCAUCGAUCUCAUUUACUUCCGAGAGGAGCAAGCCACUUAUGACAGAAUUGUCAACAAAAUUGAAUCUCUGCCCGCUAAUGCUGCGCUCUCCGCUGAUUUCUUCAAAACUGUGGUCAAUGCUUACUAUCCCAACGUCACCUGUGGUGAAUCGUUCAAAUUACAAAAGUCGUAGAUUCAACGCCCGUGUAAUUUCUGAAACUAGUAAAAUGUAGCAAAUUAAUGGUUUUAUAAUUUUGUUUAGGAUAAUGGGUAUACAAUCUCUAGUAUGUUAAAUUGUGGACGCACUAUAACUACCUAGUACCACAAGUAGCUUGUUCUAUAGAAGUCGCGGUGGGGUCAUCGAAAUUGGGUUUAAAAUUGGAUUUACAAAAAAAAACUAAAAAUGUUGAAUUUUUUUUGUCAAGUAAUUUAA